AUGACGAACAUGGAGAUCCAGAAGGGAAUCGAAGACCAAGAUGCAGUCGCAAGAACUGAAUAUACAUCUUGUGGAAGCUUGAAUUUGGGAGGAUCGUUGACUGGUGAUGGGACAUUGUCAUUGGCUGCGUCGCCAUUGUUUGUCCCUACAAAUGACCAUUGGGCCGAAGGUUGGGAACCUCUCAAGAUGGCGUUUGAUUUUUGCCUCCGUGUCCAAUUGCAAGCUAUCAAUCUUGGAAUCAGUGUCAUCUUUAGAUUCUUGGAUCUUUGCGAGAACCCGUUUCAAUAUCUUUUCCUCCAGAACCUUCUCAGGGGUUUGAAUGCUACUUUCAGGAGAAGGACCAUUCGACGAUGCUGUCAUUUUGGCCGAUGCGAAGGUGUCACGUUGGUCAUUAUGUAA